GACACCCACAAAAAAGAAGCCGAUAAUGGGAAGCUCUAGAUUCCCCUUCUGUUUCCUCGCGAUUUGUGCAAUCCUUUCCGUCCACGUGGCGCAUUCAGCUUCGUCUCCCACCCUCUAUUUCGGCGGCGACAAUUUCCUCCCGAUCAAAUCGGAGUGCAGCGGAUCAAUCGCGGAGUGCCUGAUGGUGGGCAACGAGGAAUCAUCGGACUUCGACGCUGAGUUCGCCAUGGGAUCCGAGAUCUACAGGCGCAUUUUAGCUAGGACCCGUUACAUUAGCUACGGUGCGCUGAGGAGGAACACGGUUCCAUGCUCACGACGUGGAGCGUCGUAUUAUAAUUGCCGACCGGGAGCCCAGGCGAAUCCUUACUCACGUGGGUGUAGUAGAAUUACGCGAUGUCGGCGUUAGAUUUAUUUAUUUAAUUUUAUGUCCUUUUUACUAAAAAUAAAUAAAUUCUGUUGCCUGUCUAAUUUUAAAGAUGUAAUAUUUUCUUCUAUUUCUUCCUA